UAUAUAUACCGCUUGAAAACAAGGCAUUCUUGUUUUUGCUACUGUUUCUUUCUUUUUCUUACUGCUUCUGAUUCUGUCUUUCUUUCUUUCCCACUCCGAUCAGUCUCUUGAUCUCAGCAGCUAGCUUUCUGCGUUUGUGAGAAUUACUUGGCAGAAAAGCAAAAGCAGCUGCAACAAGCUAGAUGAAUUAAUCUGAAUAAAUAUGGAGAGGAAUAUUUAUGGUAAUUGUGAAGGGGAAGGGAAUUGUGGAUAUGAGAAUGGGGUGAUGAUGACAAGAGACCCCAAACCAAGGCUAAGGUGGACGCCGGAUCUUCACCACAGAUUCGUUGAUGCUGUCACUAAACUCGGCGGCCCUCACAAAGCAACUCCAAAGUCCGUCUUGAGGCUCAUGGGCUUGAAGGGAUUAACUUUGUACCAUUUGAAAAGCCAUUUGCAGAAGUAUAGGCUUGGACAGCACGCUCAGAAACACAACUCCAUCGAAGAACAAAGCCGGGAGAAUAAUGGGGACUCAUGUGUACAUUUCAGUAAUCAUCUUUCCACAGGUUCUAGCAUCAAAUCAUCAAGAGGCGGUAAUAUCGAACAAGGAACACUUCCAUUGUCGGAGGAACUCAAGUGUCAGAUUGAAGUACAAAACAGAUUGCAAGAGCAGCUUGAGGUUCAAAAGAAGUUGCAGAUGAGAAUUGAAGCUCAAGGAAAGUACUUGCAAGCCAUAUUGGAGAAGGCCCAAAAUGGCCUCACCCUCGACGUGAAAGGACCUGAUAACAUAGAAGCAACAAGAGCCCAAUUAACGGAUUUCAAUUUGGCUCUAUCGAAUUUUAUGGAGAAUAUGAGCGAACAAGAUCGAGGAGGCAACACAAUAGAGAUGAAUGAUAUUUAUAAGAAGAACAAUGGAUCAACUUUUCAGAUAUAUGAAGAGGGAAUAAGAGAAGAAAAUAAAGAUACAAAGAUUAAGGUUGAGGGGGGUUCGAUACGUUUGGACUUAAAUACUAAAGGAAGCUAUGAUUAUGUUGGUUCAAAUGGAGGUGAAUUCGAAACAAGAUGCUUUCGUUUACAAGAUACUACCCUUUGAUGACAAAGACUUGCACUUUGAUGAUACAAGACUUAACAAUCUUUUUAUGCUUAUAUUGAUUUGUUUUUCUGUUCAUAUCGCUGCUUGUAUUCUAUUAUUUAAGAAGAAGUUGCAUAUUUAUUUACA